AUGUUGCCCCUAAUAAAAAAUAUAAAGUUGCGUAAACAACAACGUAUGCUAUUCAAUCUACUAUCCAGGAAAAAAAACUCCACAAUGUCCUCCAUCGAUGUCACCAAGAUCAAUUCCUGGGAUCAGGAAUUCGCAAAAGAUAUGAACCAUCAGUUGGCUACUACUGUCUUGAAGAAUUUCAAUGUUACAGAUGCAUUGUUGGAUAAGUCUCGUCUAUUGCAGGAAGACCAACGUAUUUUCAACACCGCUAUUUCUGCUGAACCAUUACCUGUGACCAAUCAGCGCUCUUCGGGUAGAUGUUGGUUGUUUGCUUCAACAAACCAGCUGAGACUAAAUGUGGCUGAAGAAUUGAAUUUGAAAGAGUUUGAGUUAUCGCAAGCUUACCUUUUUUUCUACGACAAACUGGAGAAGGCCAAUUAUUUCUUGGAUCAAAUCAUCGACACUGCUGAUGAGGAAGUUGAAUCUCGUCUGGUACAAAACCUAUUGUCAGCUCCAACCAAUGAUGGUGGACAAUACAGCAUGUUUUUGAAUAUUGUGAAAAAAUACGGUUUGAUCCCAAAGGAUAUAUACAAUGACUUACCGUAUUCUACUACUGCAUCCAGAACCUGGAACGAACUACUGACUACUAAGUUGCGAGAGUUUGCAGAAGCUUUAAGAGAUACGAAGGCAAAGGGUAAGGAUGUUAGCAAACUUGUGCAAUCGAUGCAAAAGGAAAUACUCAGAUUGAUGACACUUUUCAUGGAUUUGCCACCUGUCAAGCCAAAUGAGAAAUUCACCUGGUCAUAUCAGGAUAAGGACAAAAAAAUUCAUACCCUUCAAGUAACGCCUUUAGAGUUUGCACAGAAGUAUGCUAAAUUGGAUGCUUCAAAGCCCGUGUCGCUAAUCAACGAUCCAAGACACCCAUAUGGUAAGUUAAUCAAGAUUGAUAGACUUGGAAAUGUCAUUGGUGGUGAUGACGUCGUUUAUCUGAAUGUAGAUAAUGAUGUCCUAACAGAGCUGGUUGUCAAGAGGUUAAAAAAUGAUAAGACUGUCUUUUUUGGCUCUCAUACCCCUAAAUUCAUGGAAAAGAAGUUUGGUGUUAUGGACGUGCAGUUGUGGAACUAUCCUGCGAUUGAUUAUAAAUUAAAACAGCAGAAAGCCUCCAGAAUCAGGUAUAAUGAAAGUCUUAUGACCCACGCUAUGCUAAUUAGCGCAUGUCAUAUUGAUGAGUCGACAAACGAGCCUGUUCGCUACCGUGUCGAAAACUCUUGGGGGAAAGAGUCCGGUAAAGAUGGCUUCUAUGUGAUGACACAAGAAUAUUUCAAAGAGUAUUGUUUCCAAAUUGUUGUUGAUAUUGAUGAGCUGCCAGAAGAUUUGGCUGCAAAGUUCACAUCCGAGGAAGAGGAACCAAUUAUUUUGCCCAUUUGGGACCCUAUGGGGGCACUUGCUGAUUGA